ACCGUCUCAUUGGGUAUUGAAGCUGGCGGCUGAAUCAAGCACGUUUGAUUGCCCAGACGCGCGAUAGGCGUUUGCGAUAGGUGUUUGAUCUCUGACUGACCCGCGAUUUGAUGACCGACCUGCCUCACCCGGCUGACCGCUCUCAAGGCCUGAGGCAGUUUAGAAACAAACGCGGCCUUUGUGUUGGGAAUCUAUAUUCACAGUUGAGCCUCUGAAUUUGUUAUGCGUUUUGACCCAAAAAAAAAUAUAUAAAUUCUGUGCCAAACCCUAUUCUUUUUGGCUAGCUAGCAUUGGCUGUUUCUGUGCAUUUUAGUCGCCUCAUUGUGCUGAAGAGAAUUGCAAAGCUUCCAUUGUCUCAAAGAUGGCGGAUACCGUUGAUUCGACAAGGACAUUCGUUAAAGACGUUAAGCGUGUCAUCGUCAAGGUAGGGACUGCUGUUGUGACUCAAGCUGAUGGAAGACUAGCACUCGGGAGAUUGGGUGCUCUAUGUGAACAGAUCCAACAACUGAAUCAUGAUGGAUAUGAGGUUAUUUUGGUAACUUCAGGUGCGGUUGGUGUUGGUCGUCAGCGGCUUAGAUACCGUCGGCUAGUUAAUAGCAGCUUUGCUGACCUCCAGAGACCACAAGUUGAACUUGAUGGGAAGGCAUGUGCAGCUGUUGGACAAAAUGGUCUAAUGGCAUUGUAUGAUUCAUUGUUUAGUCAGUUGGAUGUGACAUCAGCUCAGUUACUUGUCACCGACAAUGAUUUUAGAGAUCCAGAUUUCAGGAAGCAACUCAAUGAAACAGUUAGAUCAUUAUUGGAUCUUAAGGUGGUUCCGAUAUUUAAUGAAAAUGAUGCUAUCAGCACCAGGAAGGCUCCAUAUGAGGACUCUUCUGGUAUUUUCUGGGAUAAUGACAGCUUAGCUGCUCUGUUAGCUUUAGAGCUAAAGGCUGAUCUUCUAGUCCUUCUGAGUGAUGUGGACGGUCUCUAUAGUGGUCCUCCUAGUGAUCCACAAUCAAAGUUAAUCCAUACCUAUAUUAAGGGACAUCACGAUAGUCUAAUUACUUUUGGUGAUAAAUCCAGAGUUGGAAGAGGAGGCAUGACUGCCAAAGUAAAAGCAGCCGUCUAUGCUGCUCAUGCUGGAAUCCCUGUUGUAAUCACCAGUGGUUUUGCUCCUGGAAACAUCAUAGAAGUGCUCAAAGGGAAAUGUAUUGGUACCCUCUUUCAUAAAGAUGCACAUACCUGGUCCUCUUCUGUAGAAGUUGGCGCUCGUCAGAUGGCUAUUGCUGCUCGAGACAGUUCGAGGAAGCUGCAGGCUUUGGCUCCUCAGGAUAGGAAUAAAAUUUUGCUGGACAUAGCUGAUGCCCUGGAAAGAAAUGAAAAUAUGAUCCAAAUUGAAAAUGAUGCUGAUGUUGCUUCUGCACAGCAAUCGGGAUAUGAAACAUCACUGAUCUCGCGAUUGGCUUUGAAACCUGGGAAGAUUUCAAAUCUUGCUAACUCCAUUCGUACACUUGCCAACCUGGAUGAGCCUAUUGGUCAUGUUUUGAAGAGAACUGAGAUUUCAGAUGGUUUUAUCUUGGAGAAAACGUCAUCUCCCUUGGGGGUGCUGCUGAUUAUUUUUGAGUCCCGUCCGGAUGCUCUAGUUCAGAUAGCUUCAUUGGCAAUUCGAUCGGGGAAUGGAUUGCUCCUGAAGGGAGGAAAGGAGGCCAAAAGGUCAAAUGCAAUCUUGCACAAGGUUAUAACAUCUGCAAUACCAGAAACUGUUGGUGAAAGACUUAUUGGACUUGUCACUUCCAGAGAUGAGAUCCCGGAACUGCUCAAGCUUGAUGAUGUUAUUGAUCUUGUAAUCCCAAGAGGCAGCAAUAAGCUUGUUUCUCAGAUCAAGGAAUCCACAAAAAUCCCUGUUCUUGGUCAUGCUGAUGGCGUUUGUCAUGUUUAUGUUGAUAAAUCUGCUAAUUUGGAUAUGGCAAAGCACAUUGUUCUGGAUUCAAAAACAGAUUAUCCUGCUGCAUGCAAUGCGAUGGAGACGCUUCUUGUUCACAAGGAUUUGACGAAAAAUGGUUCAUUGAAUGAACUUGUUGUAGAACUCCAGAUUCAUGGUGUUACAAUAUAUGGUGGUCCCAGGGCAAGCUCCUUACUUAAUAUUCCAGAGGCAUCUUCCUUACAUCAGGAAUAUAGUUCACUUGCUUGUACUGUUGAAAUUGUGGAUGAUGUUUAUGGUGCCAUUGAUCAUAUACAUCAGCACGGAAGUGCGCACACUGACAGUAUUGUUGCUGAAGAUGGCGAAGUUGCAGAGAUCUUUCUAAAACAAAUUGACAGUGCUGCUGUGUUUCACAAUGCAAGCACCAGGUUUAGUGAUGGAGCACGAUUUGGGCUUGGUGCAGAGGUUGGAAUAAGUACAGGGAGGAUACAUGCUCGUGGGCCUGUUGGAGUGGAAGGACUACUGACAACAAGAUGGAUUGCUAGAGGAAUCGGACAAAUCGUAAAUGGGGAUAAUGGAGUUGUUUACACACAUAAAGACCUCGCAACAACAUCCACCAGUUGAGUGUGUGUGUGUUGUGGUGGAUCAUCAAUGACCGAACAGAGCAAAAAUGAUGCAGCAUUAUUAUUUUGAUAUUGAUGACAGAAUGGAUCUCCUCCUCCGGUCUGGAAAUAAAAUAAGUUUUUUGGAGUCUUGAACAUUUUAUUUUUGAGAAAAAGAUAAUUGAUGGAACUAUUUUUCUCUCUAUUGAAUUUGGAUUGAUUUGAAAUCUGAAAGAAUAACAGAUAAUCCACCUCAACGAGUUAUGUCAAAA